AUGGCCCGAGCCUCGCGCCUCGAGCCUCGGGAGUCUGCUGAGCGGCCCGACUACGACGAGGAGGCGCGGAAGCUCUUCGCGGCCCUGAACCUGACGCCCGGCGGGGCGGCGAACGACGAGUCCUCGCGCCUGCACAGCUACCGGAACUUGGACAUUGUUUGGAGGCAUCCGACCACAGGAGCCAGGGGGGUGCAGCCGGGUGGCUUUGGUGGGAUGUUGGGUCGAUUGCAGCUGCGGCAUGGGACGUGUGUUCAUGGUUUGGACUUUGUGCGCAGGGCUGGAGCUCAAGUCUUCAUUGGGAAUGCCACUGCCAGUAGCCAGAAAGGGAUUUUGCAGAAGAAUCGUAUCACGCACAUCGUGAAUUGCACGAGUGAUAUGGUCAAUGCACUUGAGGGCGAUCCCUCCAUUGCAUAUUAUCGCUUCGAUCUCUACAAGUUCUUUGCCACGCUGGACCUGCGCAGCACCCGGGGUGUCCUGGAAUUCUUCUUGCCCGUGUUCCAAUGGAUCGACGCGGCCGUGAACUCCGGACAGUCGGUGUUAAUCCAUUGCCUGGCAGGGGCGCACCGUGCCGGCACCACCGGUGUGGCGUACGUCAUGCAUGCGGCCGACUUGGAUCAUCAGACGGCCAUCGCAGCGUGCAAGCGCUGUAGACCUGUGGUGGACCCCAUCGGUGAUUUGACCAAUCUGCUCGCGCAGUUGGACCUGGCCCGGCAGCAGAGGAAGAUACCGGCAAGCCAUCCGGCUGCCUGA